GACCGCUGGGCGGCGCCACACGGCCAGCAGUGACGUUGCUGUGCCUCAAAGGCUGCUGGGAAAUAUUCUCAGAAGAAGAGCCACCAACAAUUUGACAUCAGAGAUUUUGUCCGCUAGCUGCAGGCUUGUGGAUGCUAUAACGUUAGCAGGCAGCAGCAGGCAUCUCCAGUCAUGGAGGACAUAAGCACUGUAAUGUCCUGGUUCUCCAGCCCUGUGUACAGUCGAUACUGGCAGCACUACCAGCAGGCUAUGGCUUGGCACCAGAGACACAGGCGUGCCUACCGAAAGGCCCUGGAGGCUGCCUACAGCCCCAGCUACUGCCACCUUCAGUAUCCCAGCAGCCAGGAGCGCUAUGCCGACUGGCACGCCGCCGGAGAGAGAGACAGUGAAGACGGAGAGGAUGGAGACGAGGAGAGCAGCUCGGACAGUGAGAUCGAGUGCGACGUCAGCAACAUGGAGAUCAGCGAGGAGCUACGGCAGUACUUCGCCCAGACGGAGAAACACAGAGAGGAGCUGAAGAAGCAGCAGCAGAUGGAGGCUGAGCAGCAUGACAGCUAUGUGCCAGCUGACCAGGACCUGCACGGCGUCUCCUGGCGGAGCAGUGCGGCUCCUCCCUUGGAGCGGCCAGGCGAGAGACGUGGGGCCGAGAUGAAGAAACUGUACGGCAAGGAUGCGGCCAAGAUCCUGGCCAUGGAGGCGGCAAUGCAGCUCACUUUUGACAGAAACUGUGACCGCAAACAGCCCAAAUACUGGCCCGUUAUCCCGCUGAAACUGUAACGGCUGCACGGAAAGCUACAAACUGUUUGAUUCCCUGCUCUGAUCUCUCAGUUAGGCAGCAGCUUUGUCAUGUAAUGGAUCGUGGCUGUCAAAUCUGCUGAUGUCGAGCAAGUGGUUUGAGUUAGCUGAGGGUUAGGAGUUAUUUUAAGCACAAAAAAGUGGUUGGGAUUUUACAUAUAAUGCUGGAUCUUACUUGGGUUUACACUUUUACAAUAAGUUAAGCUUAAAAACACAAGCACUGCCCAAAAUUUCAAGAGACUGCAUUGUUUUAUGUGGUCCUUUAACCAUUGUUUCUUGAUGUUAGGCCAUGAAAUUGAAAAUACAAACACCAAAGAAUAAAAAUGAGUGCCAGCUGAGGGUCGGAGGAGCAGUAAAACUGCUGCCGCAGGUGAUGUAAAUAGAUUCAAACAACAUGUGCCUGGGUGUUUCCUCCUAAUCUGUUUUUGUUUACCCUCUAGCUUGGUGAUGUUUCAUGCUGCAGUAGCUCCUCUUAUGCCUGUCAACUUAGUUUAACCACAAAAACUACCCCCCCCCCCCCCCUCCUCUGUUCAGAUUCAGAAGCUUUCCUGCAUGGCUGCUUCUGCUAUUCCACUUUUACACAAAGACUGAUUUGUUGACGUUACUUCUAAACUGUGCCACUCCCGAUUCUGACAUUUCAUCAGGUUCAAAGCUGUUCAUGUGGUUUCUCAGGGGGGAAUAUUCUCUCUUGUGUUCACACCAACCUGCACUCUUUUUUUUUAGACUGAGCCAUGUGUAUUUUAAAAUAAAUUCUUUUUCUAAUAAAGUGUUUUAUGUCUGGAUAAAA